AUGGUCGCCGGUUUCCGCCGCUCUUUGUCCCUCCCGGGGCCAAAUCCUAGCAGCCCCGGCCGCAAAGGCCGGGCGCUGCCGGAGAAGGCCUACCACGUCCGGUCCACCAGUCUCCCGUGCCGCUCCCACCCUGCCGUCGCCUCGCUUGAGGACGAGAUCCGCGCACUCCGGUCCUGGCAGUCCCGCCCGGAGCCGGAGUCCGGAUCGGCGGACUGGAUCUGCGCCGGCCUCGCCCGGAUCGAGCUCCUCCACGCCUCCCUCGACGACCUCCUCCAGCUCCCCCAGGCCCAGGACACCCUUCGCCGCCGCUCCUCCGCCCCCUGGACCGACCGCCUCCUCGACGACUUCCUCCGCUUCGCCGACGCCUACGGCUCCUUCCGAUCCGUCCUCAUCUCCCUCAAAGAAACCCAGUCCGAGCUCCAGACCGCCAUCCGGCGGCGCGACGAGGCCCGGGUCGCGUCCUCCGUCCGGUACCAGAAAAGAAUCCAGAAAGAUCUCGCCAAGCUCGCCGUUUCCAUUCGAGAAGCAUCCAGAUCGCCGACCUCCGCGCUGGCGGCGGAUGCGGCGGAGGCGGAGAUGGCGGGGAUCAUGAGGGAGGCGACGGCGGCCACGGCGAUGGCUUCGGCGGCGGUUUUCUUGGCGAUCGGGGCUGUUUCCUCCGCCGCGUCGGCGGCGGCGGCAUCUACGUCGAGGGCGUCUUCUUGGGUGGUGGGGCCGCUGAGGAAGCUAUCGAUGCGGCGGUCGUCUCCGUUGAAGAAGAGGGAUUGGGAGGAGUGGGAGAGUGAGGCGUUGGAGAGGUUGGAGGCGUUGGAGGAGUGCGUCGAAUCGUUGGAGAGCAAGACCGAGAGGGUGUUUAGGAGUCUCGUGAACACCAGAGUCUCGCUUCUUAACAUCCUUACUCCCUCCUUGUAG